AUGCUGCGUCACCUCAACACGACGACGAUGCUCGCCGCGGUCAUAGCGCUGCUGGCGGUCACCGCUGGCUUCGUCAAUUCGCAGUCCGUCUACUCUCUCCACCCUUCCCGCUCCACCAUCCUCGCUGCCUCGAGGCGUGGGCCAGUAGAAGCUUCUAACCACACGAGGAAUCAUCCGGACCUCAACGUUCUUGCCUACGUCACACCGUGGCAUACUGACGGCUAUCGUUUGGCUGAAGACUACCGCGGCAAGCUCGACACAAUCAGCCCCGUAUGGUACACCGUAGAUGCAGGAGGCGAUGACUACCAGCGAUACCGCGCGCUGGGUGGCCCGCCGAGCAAGGAUGAGGUAGACUGGUACAAGCGUCUGAGCCAGCCCGCAGGCAACUUGUCCGCAGUCAAGAUUAUGCCGCGCUUCCAUCUCGCGCCCAAUGACUGGAGCUCAGACAAUUUCCGACAUCUCCUCUCCCACACCAUUGAAGGGAUGGGCUUCGCAGAGGCCAUCGUCGCAGAGGUCAUGGUACGCGGCUAUGACGGCGUAGUACUCGAGACAGGAGCUGCUUGGGCACUCAAGGAGCCCAUUCGCCUGCUCGCUGAGCGACUUCAUGAGGAGAAGAAGCAGCUUGUCGUCGUCUUUCCGCCUUUGCGAGGAGAUACGCCCGAAGCAAACGAGAUUAUCAUGCAGGGGGUUUCCGGCCUCGUAUCGAUUGCCGACGCCAUACAUGUCAUGACGUACGACUAUCUCGGCCAGAACGGCGCCGCCUUCGAGCCGCCAGCCAGCCUCAAACAGGAAAGCAUCCUGCGCAAAGACGGCGUAAGGACCUGGGGUCCCAACACCCCGCUCGACUGGAUUGAGCGAAACAUUGAAGGAUUCAACGCACCGCUCGAGAUGCCGCAUGAUGGCUUUGCCGGCGGCUUUUCGCCCACGUACAUGGAUUCAUCUUCCUCCUCUGGCAUCCUAUCCAAACUGCUCGUCGGCGUAGCGUGCUACGGCUACUCCUACCCAAUCGGCUGGGUCGACUCCGAAGGGAAAGCGCAGCUGGUCACCCCACCCACAAGCCCCAUCGCAUCAAAAGACAACAACACUGAAGCGCAAGCGGCGUCUCGCGCGAAAGCCGCCGAGAAAGAAGAAAGACGCGCCCUCUACCCGGUCAUGCCGGCCGUGGGCUCACCCUUCCUUCAUUCUGAGCUGAUCGACGUCUUGACGAACAACAAGGCCCUCAUUCGCAGACACGACGGAUCAGGAGAGAACUUCAUCGACUACGUCAAGGCGCGAGAGGAUGGAAAGACUCAAGUCAGGCCUGAUGGCACGGAAGCGCCGCUGGCUUGGUACCGACGCGCGAUUUGGCCUUCUCCGGCGACGAUUGAGGCGAGACUGGAUGUCGUGGAGCGUAACGGCGCAGGUGGAAUUGCGCUGUGGGACAUUGGACAGGGUGGCGACUGGCUGCUACAUGUCUUAUAG